GCGAACACCAUAAAAACGUGACAUAGCUUAACAAAGUCGUUCCCUUUAUUCGCCUAGAAAGAUCACUGCUCUCCCUGCUCUCACUAACCUCCCACCCGCGAUAGAGAAAAACACCAGAAGAAUAAAAAAUGACCCUGGAGAUCGCUGUGAAGGCUGCCGCUGGUGCUCCAGAGCUUCUGGGAGACUGUCCAUUUUGCCAGAGAGUUCUGUUGACAUUGGAAGAGAAGAAGGUUCCUUACAAGUCGCUUCUUGUCAAUCUCAGCGAUAAACCUAAGUGGUUUUUGGACAUCAGCCCCGAAGGGAAGGUUCCAGUGGUGAAAUUUGAUGGCAAAUGGGUGGCUGAUUCUGAUGUCAUUGUUGGGAUCCUAGAGGAGAAAUAUCCUGAACCAUCUCUUAUCACUCCUCCUGAAUUUGCCUCUGUAGGCUCAAAGAUAUUCAUAUCUUUCAUCAACUUCCUGAAGAGCAAGGACCCAAGUGAUGGAACUGAGAAGGCGUUGGUCGAUGAGCUGAAGGCACUUGAUGAGCAUCUCAAGGCAAAAGGGCCUUUUAUUGCUGGGGAGAAGAUCACUGGUGCAGAUUUGAGCUUGGCCCCGAAACUGUAUCAUUUGGAGACUGCUCUUGGCCAUUUCAAGAAGUGGAGUGUUCCUGAAGACCUGACUCAUGUCAACAACUACAUGAAGACAUUGUUCUCCCGUGAGUCAUUUGAGAACACCAAGCCUGCUGCCAAAGAAUAUGUCAUUGCUGGUUGGGCACCCAAGGUCAAUGCAUGAAUCAGUUCUCUAAUAUGAGUAGUCGUUGGGAACUUCUGUUUGCAAUGUUGCUGAGGAUGUUGUACUAGUAAACUCAGCUACACACAAAAAAUCUAUUUGACGGAGAAGAAUAACGGUUAUGUACUCGAUCGUGAACGGUGAUGAGAUCACUUCGUCUUAUGUACUUGAGAAGAAUCGAGACUCUUGCCACGUUGUUGUUGUCUCGAUACGUUGGUGUAUGUCUACCUUACUAAAUGUCAUCUCAAUCUAAGGAGUUAGCUGAUUGAUAAUGUGCGAGGAUAAAAUUCACCACAUCCUGUUUUUGAAUUUGGGGUCGUCAUUGCAUUGGCUGAUGGAGGAACAUGAAUAUCAUAUAUUUGGUAGAGCAAAGAAAAUGAGAGUGUUGAACUUGCAUCGUUUCGAGCGAAUAUUCGACAAGGUUUCUCGUUCGAAGGACACAACACAAGUGUUCUCUAAAAUUACUCAUUUUAUGUUCAAAGUCUUACAAAAGGCAUAUAUACUAAAAUGGGGUUGAGAGUUGAAAUCAUUCAAAAUUAGGAGUUGAAAUCUCAACUGUUAAUUGAGUUUUGAAAUAAAUAAUUGUGAAUGACUUUUCUAAUCUCUACUUCCAAACAACAUAUUUUUCAAAUAAACUCAUUUAUACAAAUUACUCGUUUCAAAUAAACUCACUUUAGACUUCUUUCAUCCCAAAGUGAGUUCAAAAUUUUGAAUACGAUUUUAGAUCAUUUGACAUUUAGGGGCCAUUUCAAUGAUUGAUUUAGAAAAUAGGUAAUUUGACCCAAUUGCUUUAAAAUUACCUCAUUCCACAAUUGAUGGAUCAUUUCAAUAUACUUGCCCCCUCCUCCUAUCAAUUCAAAUCAAACAAAAGUAAUUUAUAUUGCAUCGACCACCCAAUUGAUGCAUCUCUAUUCUGUGUCGCCAAACGAUCUAACUCCAUCAUCCAAACGACCAUUAAACGACCGCUUAAGAGGUAUUUUUGCUGCUACCUCAAGUGCUCAAUUAUUGGAUGAACGAACUUUCAGCUAGAAGUAAAAUGAAACGUGGAUAUAUAGUGCUUUUAUUCACACAAGCAGUAGGUCCAUGAUCAUGAUAACGUCGAUAGACAGCUCUGUUCCUGUACAUGCAAGCGUCCAACGAAGCAGGGGUAGGGAAAUAGUACAGCAUACAGCCAAAGGACUUCAGUUUAUGAAGAUAAUAGAAUAUCACCAAUCUCAUUUCUCCUCCUAGCUAGGCAUCAUAUCUCCAUUUUCACCCACACAAAAAGUAGUUGAUCGUGACCAGCCAGCCAGCCAUCCAAGCUUUUCAUUUUGUUUUCGUCUUUGUGGGUUCUUCACCCUUUUUCUUCCUCGAGAUUCUACUUGACUGUCCCCAUGAAGCAUGUUCUUUACUUCAUUUUAAUGAGAGAAAUAGAGAGCUGAUCAGCUUCACAUAGUUGAGACAAACAAAGAAAACAACCACCCAAUUUAUCAUCAGUGGAGAGCUGAUCAUCCCUCUUAAGUUGAUUCUCUCUGCAGGUAAGCAAGAGGUUUGAUAGUUUUUUGUGCUCAAGAUUCACGUGAUCGUACGAUGAUGGGAUGAAUACAGCAGGAAGACUGACAUGAACAUGCAGCAGAUAAAUAGACUUGUCCUCUUACGUAUACUGCAUAGCUACUUCCAUACAUGAGGACAGAAAAGGGCAAUGGACCACUAGGAAGCCAAGGGACACAUGUAGGAAUAAGCAGAGUUUGAGAUGUUCCUUUCUCCUCCUGUGAAAAUAAUCAAAAUAUUGCUGAAAAGGGAGAGAAAUUGUAAACCUGCUAAGGCUUUCAUGAUCAGUCUUUGGAGUCUUCUUUGGAGGAUUCAGUGAUCAUCUUCUUGAUCAUGGCGCUCGUUUCUUCCUCGGUCAUCCUUUCGUCUUUGCUCUUGGAUUCAGCAUAGGCUUCGAAGAAUCCUUUGUUCUCUUUCUCCAGUUCAUUCCACACUGCCAUCACACACAGAUGAACACAGACAACGCGUUACCAUCUUAUUGAUGAACUUGGGAUCUCAUCUUUGUGAUCACAAAGAAUUGGUCUUCUAUCUCUAAUGCAUGGAUCAUAGAAAUGAUCUAGGAAUGACAUGUUGGACCUGAAAAGGCCAUGAAACUAACUUCAGCCCACUCAUGCCCUAUGAUAAUCUUGGAUCAACAAUAAAGAGAAAGGCGCUAAAGGGUCAAGCAUGUUUCAGAAAUUGGACGCCAUGAUGAUCCUGAAACUAAAAAAGCAAGCAACAUUGGGUUUUCUCAAAGAGUACUGUUUGAUCAUAAAUUAGUUCCAAGCAAAGCAGGUUUAUGGAUCAUAAGAAAGCUUGAACUUUGAUGGUUAAGACCCGGAUCCGCUUUGCUGGUAUGCAAUAUGGAGAAACUUGCUACGUGUUUUCUUCAUCUUUACCAGGUUUAUGAAAUAUCAAGCUAUGUUUAAGCUAGUGAGGACUUGCACGAAACAGUAUCAAAGUAAAAAAAGUGGAGAGGGAGGAGAGAAAAACCUGUGGAGGUGAUGACUGGUUCGAUGUUUGCAUGCUUGGAGAGAGCUUCCAUGCACUCUUCUUUACUCAUAUGGAAGAUCAAGCAUUUCUCUAUUAGAUGCUGCACCUGUAGAUACGUUUGCCAAAUGCCAAACCAUCAGUGAAUACCAUCAGCACAAAGUGGGAAGGAAAACAAAAAACAAAAAACAGAAAACUUAUCAGAAGAAAAUGAUUGGAGGACAGUUUCAGUAAUAUCUCUAAAUAACCAACCAUGUGUAUGUAUGAAGCAGAAGAGUCCCCCUCCAUGAAUGAACAAAUGGUCUUCCCUUAAGAAGCAAGUCCCACUUCUUAACUAACUACUACUGGGAUCUGAACCCACUAACACAAGGACUACAACAAGCCAGUGCAACAUAUAUAUACACAGCAACAUGGUGCAGCAGUCCCCAAGAAGAAAAGAGAACUGCAGCACAAGAUUCAAGUUGAUAUGGGGAAGAUAGAAAUACGACCCAAAGUAGCCAAAAGAGGUGGGGAAACAAUGUAUUAGUAGAGUCCCACGUGGGCUAUGUGCAACAAUUGGCUGAGAAAGGAUUAGAGGAGAUUCUGUAAAUGACAGCAAGGAGCUUGCCACUUAGGCAAAACCUACCAGCACCCCCUCCACGUGAUUGCUGGGACCUUCUCCAGGUCCCAGUCUAGAAUUUGUGAGGAAAAAACAGACAAAAGCUCCCAACAUAUGAUAUGGAAUCCUCCAAUAGUGUUUUUUUGUUUGAAGUGAUCUCUCAUUUCAUCUCUAUUCUAGGCUACCAGCACACAACAGUGUGAAGCUAACUUGCCCUUCUCUUCUUUGCAUAUUUUCCACUGGUUUGUGUCUUGUGGGACAUGCAGCCAAGACCAUUGAUGAUAAAAAAAAUUCCCAAUGAAAGUUGUUGAUUGCAACCAAACUUCUUUCUACAAAUAGCCAGCUCUGUAGCACAGUUCCUCUACAGUUUUUCAAGUGAAGUGACUCCAUCCAGUCAUUAAUCUGGCCACGGUACACAGAUAUUCCUUCCUCACAAAUGUAUAUACAUCAUAUAACCAUCUCCAUCUCGUUUACCUAUCAAUAGCUGAAGUGGAAAGCUUGCCAAGAUAUUCUCAUUUUCUGUGCUUUCUACAGAAAACAGAAGGAAGAAACCUCCAAUAAGCUAUAAUGCUAUCAAGUGCUAGAAGAUUUUUCACAACCUCGAAAUCCAACAAAAACUGCCAUGAUGGCACUAAGUCCACGUGACGAACAGAGAUUGGUUGCCAAAAGCCUAGCCGCCAAGAUUGCAGUUUGAAGUUUGAACCGCUAACCUAGUGUCUCCUUUUCUUUACCCCCCUUGCAUAUCUUACAAAUGAAUGCAACUAGCACACUUCUCUUUCUUGACUAGGGACUUAUGCCCCUUCAAAAUGCUAAUUUGACUUGUCAAAGUCCUUGCCCCAGAUUUCUAGUUUGUCAUAAUGCCUUUGGAGUCGCUGGCCCUUUAUCAGGUCACAGGCAAACUGAAGAUGCAUUCCACUUAAGAUGUCUGCUGAUAUUUCUGCUUAAUGGCAUAGUGUAGAGUGUAUAACCAGAAAUUUAAAUAGCAAAGAAUAUUUACUACGAGCAACAUGAGAAGCUGUGUAAAAUUUAUGAAAACUGCCUGACUGACUGACUGGUUUAUCUGUUUCAGGUUUAGCUCUUCGUGUCCACUCCAGUUGCAUCAAUAUAUUCCCGCCGGUAAGUGAGUUAAAAUCAUACAUAGGCUUGUAACUUACAGGCCUUCAAUGGAAUAACACGAAACCAGACCAAGAAAGCAUCACCGCCCAGAUAUCCAAACACCUCAUUCAAAUGAGCAACGAACCUCUUCGAACAAAAUAGACAACUUCUGUCAACUUUUAACAAAAAUUGCAGACUCCGGACAUGGGUUAUGCAACUUCUAACGAAAACCAUCCAUAAAUCUACAGUCUUAUAUCCACUAAUUUUUUAUAAUUCUAACUGUCAACUAAAUAUCAAACGCCAGAAAUAAUGAAAUAUCAUCAAAAACACAAAAAGCUAGUGUCCAAAAUGUUGGUGAAGCCAACAAAGGCUUAUCAUGAUCCCACUUGAAAAUAUUGAAUUUGUUAAGGACAACGAAAAGAAACUAUUCUCUAGUAGGCAGCAAACAAAAAUUGCAAGCUGAUGGCAAGAGACAGCAGAAAGGCCAAAAUUCAUAGCAGAAUUGCAGAAGCAUCAAAUAAUGGAGUUUAUCGGAGACUAUGGUAUAUAGCGUGGUGGUCCAAUAGGACAGCAGAGAGCAUAAUCAUAACAUCGUUCAGCUCUUUUUGGUUCUUCCCCUAGUGCCAAUACUUACAAAUUUCCUGAUAUCGACUGCUUCUGCAACCGCAUAUAAUAUAGACUACAGAGAGAGAGAGAGAGAGCGCGCUCUCACCUUUACCCAUUGUGGAACUCGGUAUUUUGAUAAGAUUGAGGAUGAUGAUGUGUUGGAACCCCAUUGGCUGCGGACUGCCAUGUGCGCGCGCCCAGAAUCAAAAUGAAGACGGAGCAAAGACUCCACCUUGCCAUUUUGGUUUUGGUGCUCGAUCCGGGUCCUCUGUCUGCAUUCACCAUCGCGUGCGUACGCCAAAGCUUUUCCAGUGACCCACCACCAAUCCACCAUAAUCCCCUUUUGUUUGCUGGUGACGUACCAAGAAACGAUAAAUCGAAGACCAGAGACGACCCGUUAUAGAUUAUUGGCGACGACAAAACUUCCCCGAAAAUGAGCACAAUUUGAGCGAGCGAGCGAGCUGUGAAAGCUGAGAAUCGGGGCGCCAAUUUGACGGUCGCGACCUGUUCGAUAAAAUGCCACAAUGAGAGGGAAGAAGUUUGGAACUAGGGAAUUGGGGGGAUGGGUUCCAAAAGGGAGGCCCGCGCGAGCGAGUUCUGCAAAGUAAGCAGCGUCAGCACUCGGCCAGCCUAUAACCCCUCCAAAAAU